CCGGCGCCUGGCGCUCAGCGGCCGCCGGUCUCACUCCCCGCCCUCCGGCCUGAACCCGAAACUACUCCUAGGCGCCGGGAUUUUGUCGCGGCGACUGCGGGGGCCAUGGAGGGGCAAGGGCGGGCGUUGUCAGCGGCCCCGGACGCCAGCGGGCCGCGAGCGGGUGGGGCCGUGGGGAUCCCUCUAGGGAGGAGAAAGACCCUCCCACCCCCCGCGAGCGGGGGCUGCUCCCUUCCGGGUCCCGCUCUAGGUCCGAUUUGCAUGGCCUGGGGGGAGACAGAGGCCCUGGAGCAGCAGUUAACCAGUCCUCAGCGGGUGGUGGGUGCUCUAGCCUUCCUGCUCCCACUGGGAGUGGAGACUUGCCCUGUCAGAAACGGGAACCGUAAUAGCUAAGUUACAGAGUUCUUUGGCCGCGGGCUGUUGGGUGGCGCCUCAGAACCACCUUUGUGGUGGGUGGGCCGAGGGUGUCAGCCCUGGGCUGAAAAACCCAUGCCCGCCGCCCACUCUUUGCCAUGGGGUCCCAGUGGAGGCUGCCCAGGGUUUUAACUUGCUGGAUCCAUAUGUGAGGAUCAUAAAUAUGAAAUGUGUGGAAAAUGGAAAGUGUGGUAUACUAAGCGGGGGAAGGAAAAAAAAAAGCUGAGCAGAGUUGGGGCCCAGAGGUGCCACCCCGACCCAGGCAGCAGCUGCACAGUGUCACAUGGAGGUAGACAGCAGUGGCGGGUCUGCCUCCCUCCACCUAUGGAGGGACUCGGAUGUUACUGGAAGAUAUUUUUAGGCCAGGGAAAAAUGAUAGAGAAAAUGAAAAAGAGAAAAAAUCAGUGAUCUGUGUUGAGGGCAACAUUGCAAGUGGGAAGACGACGUGCCUGGAGUUCUUCUCCAACACAGCAGGCAUUGAGGUGUUACAGGAGCCAGUGCCCAAGUGGAGAAAUGUCCGCGGUCAUAAUCCUCUGGGUCUGAUGUACCGCGAUGCCUGUCGGUGGGGCCUCACACUGCAGACGUACGUGCAGCUCACCAUGCUGGACCACCACACUCGUCCUCAGACAUCACCUGUGCGGUUGAUGGAGCGGUCGAUUCACAGCGCAAGAUAUAUUUUUGUAGAAAACCUAUAUAGAAGCGGGAAGAUGCCUGAAGUGGACUAUGUGAUUCUGUCGGAAUGGUUUGACUGGAUUGUGAGGAACAUCGACGUGUCCGUUGAUUUGAUAGUGUAUCUCCGGACCACCCCUGAGACCUGUUACCAGAGAUUGCGGCUGAGAUGCAGGGAAGAGGAGACGGUCAUUCCCUUGGACUACCUGAAUGCUAUUCACCACCUCUAUGAGGAGUGGCUCAUCCAUGGGGGCCUUUUCCCUGUGGCAGCCCCUGUUCUGGUGAUUGAGGCUGACCACGACGUGCAGAAAAUGUUAAAACUCUUUGAACAAAACCGGGACCGAAUAUUAACUCCAGAGAAUCAGAAACAUGGUUCAUAGGAUGGGGAAGAUCAUGCCAGAAAAAUGCUGCCAAGUUAGCUAUUAGGAGCAAUUUGGACAUAUCCACUCUCAAGAGGGCUUGAUAUCUGGCCACAUUUGUUUUCCUGAUGGUCUUCUCCUCUUUGCCAGUGUCUUCAUCCUGGGUCUCUGGCCCUUGAGGGUAAAUGACAAAUGGGACCAAUGGGUUUGUCAUGCCCUUUGGUGUUUGCAGCCUUGCAUUCCCCAGCACCUCUCCUGCUGGUUUCCCUGCUGCUGCGUCCCUGUGAUUAAGGGAAGAGCCGCCUGAAGUAAUGCUGGGCUUAGGGUCUCUAACCCUUCUGACCACCCAGGAGGGUGAGGUAGUGGCCUCACAUCCCAGGGAAGAAGUCGAAGCUCAGAGAGGCUGAGAGACUCCGCCAGGGUCACACAGCCAGGGACAGUGGCAUUGGCACAGUUCAGACAUUCUCAGCCUCCUCCUGAGAGCCUGCCUUCCCUUGAUAGAGAUCUCCUGUGUGUAUGGGGAGAGUCGGCAGUGCACGGAGUCAGUGCCAUCAUUUUCUCAUUAUCUGAGCACUUCGCGAGGACAGUCGAUGCUCUUAGACUUUCACAAAAUUGGGUCGUGUUUGGCUUGAGCCCAGUGUUCAGUGGUUUCCCAGCAGGAGGCUGCUGUGGCAUUGACCACCUCGGCAUCUGCACUUCCAUGUCCUUAGGAGAAUCCUGUGCAGGCUUCUGACUGGUGCUCGGUCUCCUUGGUGAUGAAGGCCUUGCCGGAGCUGCUGUCACUUCUCCGUCUUGGUGCCUGGGUGGUUUGCCCAGGGCCAGGCUGGGGAAGGGGCCCGCUAGCCCUGGCUUCUGAGGCCUCCGUACUCUGUACUGGCCUUAUGUGAAGAGCUUUGCCCUUGGAAUUACUGAGAGUUUGGGGCCCCGGGGAGAGACACAAGUGGCCAUAAGUCUUUCUGAAAUGUUUUUCCAUCCAAGGAGACCCUUGGACCAUACAGCAUGAAAUCAUCUUUAUUGGUUCGGAAAAUAUCCUAGCUUCCUUCAGCUGCAACAAUGCAUCAAAGCCACCGCUGUCUCUUGAAUCAAGUGGGAAGUGAGAGAAAGAAGGAACAUUCUUUUAAGGGGGGCAGUCUGGACUGAAAGAUCAGGGCUUGCAAGCAAAGGCUCUUGGAGCCCUGGUGCUCCGAUAUUUUGGAGGUGGGUGGAGAGAGCUUCAAGAAGACUGGUUGUAAACAUGGCGAAGGGCCAGUUGUGACUUUGGGGGAACAGGCCUCAGCCUCUCCUGAGCAGCGGUUGGCAUCGACGAGGGUUGGAAGGCCUUGUCCCGGCCUCUGCCUGAGUGUGGUACCUGUGCGUGCGGCUCUCUGACUCGACGUGGGUGACCGGAGCCCUGGUGGUCCUGGCCCAGAGGGAGGCAAGCACUAUGACUCCUGGACCAGUUCUUGGGCUCCGUGGGCAGGAUGAGGGGCAGCAGCCCAGCGGGGACGUGUCUCUCGGCCCGAAGGUCAGGGACUGACCAGAAGUUGGGGGGAGGUGAGGGCCUGUGCUGCCCGGUGUCUUGACGAGCCAGGGCAGUCUUUGGGAAUUUGUAAGUGAACAGUCCAGGAUUUUCCCCCACAGCUCAAUUUGAGCAUCUGUUUUGGGGGAAAUGUGAUUUUUUUUUUUUGGGGGGGGGGGAAAUAUGACUAAAAGAGAAAGAAAGUAAAGUCUUGCCCUGUAUUCGCCAAUAAAUCCUUCACCUAAACCUGAUGUUAAUCUUGGCUUGCUACCUAGGCCAGUGAUUUUAGCCCCCCGCAACAGCAUCCUUUUGCCAGUAGGAUAAUGUGUUUUCAUUUUUUUAAACUCCAUCUUUCCUAACAUGGGAUGUAUGGGUCCAGGAGAGCUCACCAUCCUCUUGCUCUGGCAUGUGGAGCGGAUGCCGUGUGUCUGCAGCGGCCAGGGCAGGGGGCCGAGAUCUCGCAGGCCAGCUGUGUCCCACGAGACGGCUGGUGCCCGGCUUGCACGGAUGCGGGUUGCUCUCCCUGUGCGGCAGGCAGGGCUGGUGGCACCGGGGGGCGCGGAGCAGCUCUAAAAGCCAGGGUACAAAGAGGGCAGAUGGCACAUGGUAGGCAUGGGGCCUAGUUUUAGAGCAGAGGGGAGGCACGCCGCAGGGGCUCUCAGGAAUGGCUGGGAAGAGCAUGGCGGGGCUGGCGUCUCCAAAUUGCCAACAGAGCAAGCCAGGGCAGUGACAUCCCAGCUUGGCUGGUGUCGCCCCAUUCUUACCCUGAGGUGGGGUUCCGUAGGGCAUAAUGGGAGUAAGUCGCAGAGCGGCCCCAGCUGCUUUGACUCUUGGUAAUUAAAAAUUUUUUUGGAAUAGCACAUAUGUUUUGGUCAGCAUUUUUAGUGAAAUAAUUCUAAUUUACACGUCACCUUUUUAAUUUUAUAUGCAAAAGACAUUAGAAUCAUUCAGAAAUAUUUCAUGUACCUGGUGAUUAAAAAAAAAAUGAGAUAGAAGUGUAUUUCUGUGUCACAUCAAAGUGCGGAAGUGGGUGAUUCAGGGCUGGUGUGGUGGCCCCAAGGCCAUCAGGGUCCUGGGCUCUUGCUGGCUUUCUGUUCCCAGUUCAACUUCCUGGUUCGUGGCUUCCUUCCUCUGGGGACUUCCCUGUCCAAGAUGGUACCAGAGCUCCUCCUCCGGCUACUGCUGGCAUCAGGACAUACUGUCCGCCGCUCACACGUUAAUUCUAAUGUGGAUGAUGACCUUUACAAGGCACAACUGAGAUAAGCUGGAAGGUUCUAGCAAGAUUUUGCCAGAGGCCUUGGAGGUGGGGCAAAGGCAGGAGGGAAGUCGGGAUUCACGGGCUGGACCAUGGGUCCAGCGUCAGGGCCGUGGUGCCCUCUGGCCCCACCUGUCCCUCCCUUCUGCCCUCACAUCACAUCUCCCUCACCGCCUGGUGCUACAGUGUCCUCGGUGUCCGAGGCUCAACCUGCCUCCUGUGUUGGGUGGAGCUGGGUGAGGGCACAGACCGCUGGGCUGACGCACUCCCACAGCAUGGCUCUCAGGAGGCCCUCCUAACUGUGGACCCUGGGAAAUGAUGUCACCUUUCCGUUUCUCUUCCUACCCCCUUUCAUUUCCACCUGAGCGCUUUACCUGGAUACGAAGUCCCGUCCCGCCCCCUUCCCCUCCCUGCCUGUGGAAUACCUCAGUCAGAGACCCUUCCAGGGCCUCCCACAGACUCCCACCCCAGACCUGGGGAAGGAUUGAAGCAUUUACAACCUUGAGAGCAGGUAGAUGUUUCCAGAACCUGCCUGCCCCUAGGUGCUGUUCAAUCUAUGCCAUCUUGUUUUCUUAGAGCCCUGGGGCCAGAUGAGGGCGCUCAUUUCAAAUGCUCCCCUAGCUGUGGAAUGAGUAACAUUCAUCCCCGUGGCCUCUCCAGCCCGAAGAAUUACAGUUAUUAAAGUAAUUGACGAGCUCCUGGAAAUGUCAGCCCUCCCUGUUGAAAAUCUAAUAACAAUAAUACCCUGCCUGGUGCCUCUGGGCUUUGGCAGUGGAUUACUCACCCAGGGCCCCAGGGUCACUGGCACGGGGCUUUCUUUUCCUCAUAACCCCAACCCCGCAGCUCCCCUAAGGCCGAGUGAACUCUGUGUUCCUCUACUUUAUGUAAGAUAGUGAGCUUGCCAAAGGCUGUCAUUAAACAUAACCCAAGAGAGAGCCAGUCUGGUGGAGUCCAGAGUGGGUAUCCGCAUUUACUGCCGUCUUCCUAAAUUUCUGCAUUUCUUGGCUUUCUCUUCUUCAAGGCUGGGGUCUGUGGAACACAGGUGUUCUGGGAGAUAAUAUUAGGUGUUCUGAGAAAGAAGGGUUCCGUAGCCCAGGAAGUUUGGGAAGCGCCACCUGGGUACUUUCUCUGAGACACACAAGGUACAUUAGUUAAACUCAAGCAGUCCAGUGAUAAAAAUACCUUUUCAACUUUAUUUAAUCCAGGGACUCUCAAACUCAUUGACAGUAGAACCCCUCUUUGGGAAUAGCCAUUAACAGUCUCCAAGCAAGCUCAUGUUCCUCGGAACACACAUUGAGAAUAGCACUGUUUUAGGGGACCUGCACCUGUGGCUGACUCUCAGCUUUUGUGCCCUUUGGGAGUCUCUAGCUCCUGGUUCUCCACCUUCAGUGCAUCUGAAUUCCCUGGAGGGCAUGUUAAAACAUGGAUUACGAGACCCACCCCCAGAGUUUCCAAUUGAGCAGGUGUGGGGUGUGCCCGAGAAUCUGUUCUCUGACAGCGUUCCAGGUGACGACGAGGCUGUAGUCCAGGGACCACCCUUUGAGAGCCACCUCUCUUGAUUGACACUUUCUAGAAUUGGCCAUCCCUGAGUCCCAAGAAAACUUGGCCCCUUGUUGGUUGUUGAACGUCUUGUGAGUGUUGGAUGUCCUGUCUGUCAAAUGAGAGAAUUGCUCACUUCUCAUGACAUGGAAGGGGUCUGGACCAGGGCCCGGUAUGUGGCAAGUGUCCCUGGAAAUGUUCGUUCAUCCGAUGUGGCCCAGGAAACGGGGCUGUAAAGCAGGUACUUGGCUGAGUAAUGGCAGCAGCUGCAGGGACUGGCACUUUCCAUUGGAGUGGCGUGGAUGCGUGCUCUUACCAGCUAGUCAGGGGGCCACCUGGACUGAUCUGUUCAGU